AGACACUUUGAUUUCCAUAUUCAGUUCAGAUCUGUAAAUCCUCGUAAUGCAGUCUGCACUUCACUCCAUCAUCGGUCCCAAAAAGGUGACACCAGACAACCUAAACGGCCGCGUCGCAGUCGUCCUCGGCGGCGCAUUAGGUAUUGGAUAUGAAGUCGCACGCGCCUUUGCUCUAGCAGGCGCUCGCGUGAUAAUGGUCAAUCGCAAAUCGGAGCAAGGCGACGAGGCAAUCGCAGCAAUCAAGAAAGAGAGUGAAGACAAGGCCAAAAUCGAUUGGGUUGGAUGCGACAUGGGUGAUUUGAAACAGAUUAGGGACGUAUUUACGAACAUGAGGGAGAAGGAGGAGAGACUCGAUUUGUUGGUAUUAUCAGCCGGCAUCAAUGCAAACCAAUACCGCGAAACGAACGACAAGAUCGAUUCGCAUUUCCAGAUUAAUUGGCUCGGUCAAUUCUACGUCGUUAAUCAGUUGUAUCCCCUCCUGCGCAAGACGUCAAGACUACCCGAUACACCCGCUCCCCGGAUCGUUUGGGAAUCGUCCGAGUUGCAUCGCAUGGCACCGUCUGAUGUCAAAUUCAGCUCCAAGGAGGAAAUCAAUAACCCGGACAUUGGGAGUGCGGCCUUGUAUGCCCGGACGAAGUUGGCGAUUAUUCUGGGUGUUGAUUACGGGCUUGUGCAGAAGGUUAUUAAGCCUAAUCAUGAUCAUAUUUAUGCUUUGAGCGUACACCCUGGCGCGGUCAAUACAACAAUGCAACAGCAAUGGAAAGAAGCCUACCCAGGCCUUCUCGGAAAACUGCUCACCGCGACAAUGCAAGCCAUCAGUCGCGACCCCGAACAAGGCGCCUACAGUGCUCUGUACGCAGCAGUUAGUCCCGAGGUCGAAGAAAAGGGUUGGAAUGGCCAUUAUUUCACGGAUCCAGGACAAUUGGGACAACGGUCGAAGCAGGCGUCUGGUCCGGCGUUGGGAGAUUCGCUAUGGGAAUUGAGCGAGAAGAUGAUUCAGGAUGUUGUUGGUGAGGAUGCGUUGGUUGAUUGGAAUUCUUAAUCUUUACAUGCUAUCCACACUGUUAAAACGUCAAUAAAUCAUACGAUGGAAUUUACCAAAUCAG